AAUACCCCUCCGCUCCCCACCGGAAUCCUCACCACCCCAUCUUCGGUUUUCUCUAGCUACCGACUUCACAGGUAUACACAGCAGCCAUCCCGGCCACCGUCACCGUCCAUCUUCUCCCAGCUCAGUCCGGCCAUGGCUUCUCGUUUUAGCUUGAAGAUGAAGACCCUCUCCCUGCUCGCCCUCGCCCUUGCCGUCUUCGUGGAGGGCACUCUAGGGGAAGUAACUUGUGAGAAUCUGGGCGAGGACAAGUGCGCGUUCGCGGUGUCGGCGACGGGGCGGCGGUGCGUGCUGGAGAAGCAGGUGAAGCGCACCGGCGAAGAGAAGUUCGUGUGCCGCACGUCGGACAUUGAAGCCAACAAGUUGAAGGAUUUGGUGGAGAGCGACGAGUGCAUCAAGGCCUGCGGCGUCGACAGGAAGUCUCUCGGCAUCUCCUCCGAUUCCCUGCUUGAGUCUCGCUUCACCCACAAGCUUUGCUCCUCUGAGUGCUACCAGUCCUGCCCCAACAUCGUUGAUCUCUACUUCAACCUUGCUGCCGGCGAAGGCGUAUUUCUUCCUAAACUAUGCGAGGCGCAAAUAACUAGUGGCGUGCAUAGGGGAAUGGCGGAGAUCCAAAGCUCUGGCUUUGUUGCAUCAGCACCCACAGCAGCAUUAGGGCUCACUGAAAACGAUGCUGUUACACCUGCACCGGCACCGGCACCGGCAUCUUACUAACUUGUUUCAGUACCGAGAAGAAAAUAAUUUCGUAUGCG